UAGCAUCAGAUUUAUUUCAUCGUCUCUACAAAAGUGGAAGGAAGGGACCCUGCACCUUCUUGCUUUCCUCUGACGCUCUACUCCAGCUUUCUUCCCGAAACCCUAAUGCUGCAUUUGUGAUCAAUCUAAUUCUUCAGAUACAUAUAGCCUUUAAAUCCCUCUAGUCGAAGUACCCCGCCAUGGACGACGGAAAAGCUACCGCAUCCAACGUUGCCGGAGCCAUCGCCGUUUCACUUGACUCGGCUUCCUCUUCUGAUGCCCGGAGAGCCGCUGUUGCUUACCUUGAUUCCGUAAAGGGUGGUGAUAUUCGUGUUUUUGCAAACACAUCUCUACUUUUGAUUCACAAGGAUUACUCUUCCGAAAUUCGGUUGCAUGGCUUCAAAAUGUUACAGCAUUUGGUUCGAUUUAGAUGGCAUGAAUUUAGCAUCCAAGAAAGAAGUGAGUUUGCUAGAGUUGCUUUUAACUUAAUAAUGGAGAUGGCUAACCCCCUUGAGGAGUGGGCUUUGAAGAGUCAAGCAACAAGCCUUGUAGCAGAGGUGGUUAGAAGAGAAGGUGCAGUUUUUUGGCAAGAGCUGCUGCCAUCUUUAGUUUCUUUGUCCAACAAAGGGCCUGUAGAAGCUGAGCUGGUUUCUAUGAUACUGAGAUGGCUUCCCGAAGAUAUAACAGUGCAUAAUGAGGAUUUGGAAGGUGAUCGCAGAAGAGUUUUGUUACGUGGACUGACUGAAUCCUUGACAGAUAUUUUACCACUUUUAUAUUCAUUACUUGAAAGACAUUUUGGAGCUGCUUUGAGUGAAUAUAACAGGCAACAACUAGAUGUAGCUAAGAAGCACGCGGCUACAGUAACAGCUGUUCUAAAUGCCAUAAAUGCAUAUGCGGAAUGGGCUCCCUUACUAGACCUCGCCAAGUAUCACCUUAUUCUUGGAUGUGGAUUAUUGCUUUCUUCCCCUGAGUUUCGCCUCCAUGCUUGUGAAUUUUUCAAACUUAUGUCGCAACGGAAAAGACCUCAGGAUGCAAUUGCAUCUGAGUUCAAUUCUGCUAUGGUUAAUACCUUCCAGGUCUUGAUGCAAGUUUCUGGCAAUUUCUUGAACAAGUUUGGUAUACGCGCUGUUGUCGCUGAUGAAAGUGAAUUCGAGUUUGCUGAGAGAAUAUGUGAGAGCAUGGUUGUGUUGGGUUCUUCACACUUGCUUUGUAUUGCAUGGGAUGGGAACAUGACCUCUCAGUUUCUUCAACUGAUGAUGGGCUAUUUUCAACAUUACAAGUUCGGUCUCCAUUUCCAGUCUUUACUUUUUUGGCUGACAUUGAUGAGAGAGUCUGUGUCCAAAGGAAGGUAUGUUUUACCAACGAAGGACCCUAAUCUUGCUGUUGAUAAUCCGGGCCUUGUCCCUACUCAGUCAGAUAAGGAGAAAAAAGGGUUGCCAAAUUUUGUUAACGAUGACAUCUGUGCCGUUCUUUUGGACGUAUCUCUCCAACGAAUGAUCAAGAAAAGUAAUACACCGGGAUAUUUAUCAAAUGAAACUCUAGAACUAUGGAGUGAUGAAUUUGAUGGGAGUGAUUUUGGUCAAUAUCGUUCUAGAUUGCUGGAGCUUAUAAGGCUUGUUGCUUCUCAAAAGCCUGUAGUAGCUGCAGUUAGAAUUUCACAUAGACUUGAUAUUAUUUUGGUGAACUCUGCCCAGCCAACCAUACUUUCUGAGGCUGUGGCCUUGUUGGAAAGCAUGCAAGCUGGACUGGAAGCAGUUGUGAUUGCAAUAUUUGAUGGAUCCACUGAAUUAAAUCACCAUACAUCUGAAAUAAAGUUCCAAUUGCAUGUUAUUUUUGAAGGUCUUCUUCAGCAGCUUCUUUCACAGAAGUGGGCAGAACCACCUCUUACUGUAUUAUUAGCGCAUUAUCUGGAUGCAUUGGGUCCUUAUUUAAAAUUUUAUCCCGAGUCAAUUACUACUGUUGUCAAUAAGCUUUUUGAACUUCUGACAUCGCUUCCAUUGACGCUCAAGGAUCCCUCAAACAUUGCUCGUCAUGCUAGAUUACAAGUAUGUACAUCAUUUAUUCGGAUUGCCAAAGCUGCUCAAAAAAGCCUUCUCCCUCUUAUGAAGGGUAUUGCUGAUACUAUGGCGCUGCUUCAAGCUGAGGGUCGGUUGCUUCGUGGUGAACAUAAUCUUUUAGGGGAAGCAUUUCUCGUUAUGGCGUCCUCUGCUGGAAUUCAGCAACAGCAAGAGGUGCUGUCCUGGUUACUUGAGCCCCUGAGCAAACAAUGGAUCCAGUUGGAAUGGCAAAAUGCUUAUUUAUCGGACCCAUUAGGUCUGAAACAGUUGUGCUCAGAUCCACAAUUUAUGUGGAACAUUUUUCAUACAGUAACCUUUUUUGAAAAAGCCCUUAAAAGGAGUGGAUAUAAUAAAGCUAACUGGAACCCUCAUGAUUCGCCAUCAAUAGCAGAUGGUUCCAAUUGUCGUCAUCCUAUGUCUUUUCAUCUGGCAUGGAUGUUGCCUCCUUUGUUCAGACUCCUUCGAAUCAUUCAUUCCCUUUGGUCUCCAACAAUAGCUCAAGCUUUAACAGUAGAACUAAUAGGAGCCAAAUAUAUGAGCCAAGUUGAGCAGGCUAGCCUACUCGGGGAGAGCGGUUUGAAAUUGCCAAAAGGUCAGCUGACACAUGCUGAUGGAUCUCAAAUUGAUAUGCACAGGGAGGAAGAUCCUAAUGAAAAUGACAUUAGAAACUGGUUGAAGGGUAUCAGAGAUAGUGGGUAUAAUGUUAUAGGCCUUUCAGCAAAUAUUGGAGAUUGCUUUUUCCGUGGCUUUGACUGUUCUAUUCUCACCAUGGCACUCAUGGAGAAUGUACAAUCAAUGGACUUUAGACACAUUCGUCAACUGAUUCACUUAGUACUUGUCCCUAUAGUGAAGUUAUGCCCUGCAGAUUUGAGAGUUCAAUGGCUGGAAAACUUGCUUCAUCCAUUGUUCCUCCACUGUCAGCAGGCUCUUUCUUACUCAUGGUCUAGUUUCAUGCACGAAGGUAGAGCAAAGGUUCCCGACACAUUUAUUAGCCUUCCUGACAUUGAGCUGAAGUUAGAGGUAAUGGAAGAGAAGUUACUUCGUGAUUUGACUCGGGAAAUAUGUAAUCUUUUAUUGGUUUUAGCUUCACCGGCUCUAAAUUCUGGGCUGCCUUCUUUGGAACAACUUGGAAAUGUAAACCGUACCGAAUCAUCUUCGCUCAAUUCAUUGGAUGCAUUCUCUACAAAUUCUAUAAUGGGAUUUCUCUUGACGCAUAAAAGCCUUGCUCUUCCAGCCUUGAGAAUAUGUAUUGAAGCGUUCACUUGGACUGAUGGAGAAGCUGUUGCUAAGGUUGCGUCCUUCUGUGAAGCUGUUAUCCUUCUUGCUAUAUCAACAGAUAAUGUGGAACUCAGGGAGUUUGUUGUGAAGGAUUUAUUCUAUGCCAUUCUUCAAGCUCUUUUCCUUGAAUCAAAUGCAGUAAUCAGUUCAGAUCUUGUUGGUCUUUGUCGUGAAAUAUAUGUUUAUUUGUCGCACAGAGAUUCUUCUCCAAGGCAGAUUCUGCUAUCCCUUCCUUUUCUUACAGAGGGGGAUUUAGUUGCUUUUGAAGAUGCUCUGAGUAAAACUAGUAGCCCAAAAGAGCAAAAGCUGCUUAUGAGAAGUUUGCUUCAGUUGGCUACUGGAAACAAGUUGAGAGCUCUUGCUUGUCAAAAGAGCACAAGCAUCAUAACCAAUGUUACAGCGAGAAGCCGAAAUUCAAACACAGCUGCUCAAGGAAGUGAAGAAGAUGAUGUUAUUGGUUUAGCAGCAUUAACGUGAGUCAUUAUGAAUGCAUCUUCUUCCAUUUUUGUACAGUUUUUCAACAGAUCCCAACAUCUGAAGAUAUCAGAGUCAUAUUGAAGGCAGUAUAGGCACCCCAUAGAAGAAAAAGAGCAAUGAAAUGUUUUACUGAUAAUGGUACUAUUUUCUGGAGAUUUUGUGGUGGUUUGUUUAUUAUUGUGUUUUGUACACUAAAUGUUGUCUUUAUUGUUUAGAUGUCACGUUUUGUGAUAGGUUUAGCUGAUAUUGAAUCAUGAUUAACAUCAUCAGAAUCUUAUUUUCA